AUGCAGCGGCCGGGGGAGCCGGGUGCAGCGCGCUUCGGCCCGCCCGAGGGUUGCGCCGACCACCGGCCGCACCGCUACCGCAGCUUCAUGAUCGAGGAAAUCCUCACUGAGCCUCCGGGGCCCAAGGGCGCCGCUCCAGCCGCCGCCGCCGCCGCCGCGGGCGAGCUGCUCAAGUUCGGCGUGCAGGCUCUGCUGGCGGCGCGGCCCUUCCACAGCCACCUGGCCGUGCUGAAGGCCGAGCAGGCGGCAGUGUUUAAGUUCCCGCUGGCGCCGCUUGGCUGCUCCGGGUUGGGCUCGGCGCUGCUUGCCGCGGGGCCUGGGUUGCCCGGCGCUGCCGGCGCGCCGCACCUGCCGCUCGAGCUGCAGCUCCGCGGGAAGCUGGAGGCGCCUGGCGCCGGGGAGCCGGGCACCAAGGCCAAGAAGGGGCGUCGGAGCCGCACCGUGUUCACCGAGCUGCAGCUGAUGGGCCUAGAGAAACGCUUCGAGAAGCAGAAGUACCUCUCCACGCCCGACAGAAUAGAUCUCGCCGAGUCUCUGGGUCUGAGCCAGUUGCAGGUGAAGACGUGGUACCAGAAUCGAAGGAUGAAGUGGAAGAAAAUAGUGCUGCAGGGCGGCGGCCUCGAGUCUCCCACCAAGCCCAAGGGGAGGCCCAAGAAGAACUCCAUCCCCACGAGCGAACAGCUCACGGAGCAGGAGCGCGCCAAGGAGGCGGAGAAGCCGGCGGAGGCGCCGGGCGAGGCCGGCGACCGGAGCCACGAGGACUGAGCGCGGCAGAGGGUUCGGGCCCAGGGAACCCCAGCGCAGUACGCGGCCCCCGUAACCCGCCGGAAGCCGCGAAUCGGCCCUUCUGAGUCCACGCCGUUUGCUUUCUAAACUUUUUAUUAUUACCUUGAAUGCGGACAUUUAGGGGCCAAACAAGGAAGGACAGACCCUGAAGCCAAACCCGUGCGCUCGCGGGCCCUAGCCUGGAAACACGUCCAGCGCGGCGGAAGGUCGCCUCCUCUCGGAGCUCCCCGUCGCCAGGCGCUCCACGAGCAUUCACGCCCCGAUCCUAUCCUGCACCCCCCCACUCGCCUCGGGCCGGCCCCCCGGGCCCGGACGCCUCCAGGCACACACCCGCUUCCGCGCGUCGGGGGACCCCGCGGUCCAGCGCAGGCCACCACGGCCCGAGAUGGCGCCCGGACAA